ACUGGACUCAGCUUUGCAUAGCAAUACACAGCUUUGCGUAACCAAUACAGGAAGGCAUUUAAAGGCGCCUCUGCCGCCACAGACCUUGCAGUUAACUCCGCCCUGACCCACGCUUCUCAAUACAGUCCCUGAUGCAGGCUCCCGUCCUGAUCGCCCUGGGCUUGCUUUUCGCGGCCCCUGCGCAAGCCCACCUGAAAAAGCUUGGUAGCUUCUCCUGGGAUAACUGUGAUGAAGGAAAGGACCCUGCGGUGAUCAGAAGCCUGACUCUGGAGCCUGACCCCAUCCUCAUUCCUGGGAACGUGACUGUCAGUGUCGUGGGCAGCACCAGUGUUCCUCUGAGUUCUCCUCUGAAGGUGGAAUUAGUUCUGGAGAAGGAAGUGGCUGGCCUCUGGAUCAAGAUCCCAUGCACAGACUACAUUGGCAGCUGUACCUUUGAAGACUUCUGUGAUGUACUUGACAUGUUAAUUCCUACUGGGGAGCCCUGCCCAGAGCCCCUGCGUACCUAUGGGCUUCCUUGCCACUGUCCCUUCAAAGAAGGAACCUACUCACUGCCCAAGAGCGAAUUCGUUGUGCCUCACCUGGAGCUGCCCAGUUGGCUCACCACUGGGAACUACCGCAUAGAGAGCAUCCUGAGCAACCGUGGGAAGCGUCUGGGCUGCAUCAAGAUCGCUGCCUCUCUAAAGGGCGUAUAACGUGGCAUCUGCCACAGCAGAAUGGAGCAGUGUGAGGAAGGUCCCUUUUCCUCUGUUUUGUGUUUGCCAAGGCCAAACUCCCCCUCUCUGCCCCCCUUUAAUCCUCUUUCUACAAUGAGUCCGCUACGCUUACUGAAAAUCAUUUUGUGCCACUUACAUUUUAGGCUGGGACAAGCAGCCCUGACCUAAGGGAGGAUGAGUUGGGCAGUUCUUGAUAGCCCGGGGCAUCUGCAGGGCUGACCACGUUACUCAUCCCGGUUAACAUUCGCUCUUUCUCUCUAAAGAGCCUCGUUCAUUUCCAAAGCAGUUAAGGAAUGGGAACCAGAGUGUUUUAGGACCUGAAGAAUCUUUAUGACUUUCUCUCUCUCACUCUUUUUUUUUUUUGUCACUAAGUUAAAAGCAAAGUGAGAGUAUUAACGUUUUUAUUCUCCUCCAACCCCCUGUUACAAUGAAGGGGCGAAAGUAUUUGCUCUUAGUCUAUUCCUCCCUUAACUUCUGUGACUAAUUUUAAUUUCCUUUCUAGAUUUGCCCAGUUAAUACUAGGGUGCAGUGUAUCCUGGAGAGGUAGGGUCGGGGGGAAGAAUCCCUUGGGGGAGAUAUUAGGGGUGCUCCGUUGUUUACAAACUCAGGUACCCACAGGGCUUAGCAAGAGACUUAAAUGAGUGACAAGAACCAUGAGAAACAAGUUGCUUCCAGGCUUGAUUUCGACUUUUCCCUUUUUUUUGGAGACAGAAUCUCACUUUGUCACCAGGCUGGAGUGCAGUGGUGUAAUCUCGGCUCACUGCAACCUCCGCCUCCUGGGUUCAAGCGAUUCUCCUGCCUCAGCCUCCCAAGUAGCUUGGACUACAGGCGCCCACCAUCACGCCUGGCUAAUUUUUGUAUUUUUAGUAGAGAUGGGGUGUCACCGUGUUGGUCAGGAUGGUCUCGAUCUCUUGACCUCGUGGUCUGCUCACUUGGCCUUGGAAAGUGCUGAAUUACAGUUGUGAGCCACUACACCCAGCUGAUUUUUCCUUUUUGAGUAAAGGUACUAUUACGAUGUAAAUAUUUCUUAUACAGAAAGUCACAGCACAUGUGCCCAUUGAUACAAGGCCUCUGAGGCCUGGUCUCCAGUUGGAAAUAUAAUUAAGGGUGACAAGGACUGGAGUAAGUUGGAGAGUGCAUAGCGAGUCUGUGAAGACAAGUGCUACCUAGCUAUGACCAGUCAGUGCCACGUAAGAAUGGUGUGGGCCCAGUAUUGCCAGAUACUGGCAAUAUUCCAGCCUGGUGACAGAGUGAGACUCUUGUCUCAAAAAAAAAAAAAAAAAGUAACUAAAAUUUCUGUACAUCUCCGGAAUGCGAUGCUGAAACUGACUGUGCAACCCCAAGGUCCCGCUUUAAGGUCCAUAAAUAUCCCUAAGGAAAAAUCCACCGUGGUAUGCUCAGUCCUCUCACCAGGGCGCCCCACUGCAGUCUUCUGCAGCAUUCUUCCUUUCUAAUACCUUUCCUUUUUCAAACCUAUACUGUUGUUGGUGAAUUAUUUUUACCCACCCACGAGUUGACCACUUCUCAAUGCUGGGGCUCUGACACUUCGCCUGGCAAUGACCUUCACAGCUGUUUCUCUCUGUUGGAUCUUCCAGCCUUAUUCUCAACAGUUGCUUUUUAGUUCACAUUCUUCACCGAAUCUCAGUAGCUCAGUUAAUCUUUUUAUGUCUGCUCUGCUCUUGAGUCAUAUGUUCCUUGAAGUUUCUUAGGGGUGGGGGAUGAGGAGUUAAAGGUGGCAUCUUCAAGCGCAGGUCAAAGCAGACUUUUUAAUAAAUGGUGCUGAGCCAACUGGAAAGCCACUUGGAGAAAGCUGAGGUUAGACCUGUACUUCACACCAUAUGCAAGAAUGAACUCCAAGUGGAUCCAGGAUCCAAAUGAAAGAAAAUGAAGCCAUAUAAAUACAGAAGGAAACGUGGUGGAAAUAUCCAGUGGCAACAAAAUAUUGACACAUUUGACUACAUAAAGAGAAAAAAAAUGCUUGGUAAAAACACAAUAAAAUCAAAUGACUGGGAGAAAAAUUUAUCCAGCCUAUAUCACAGACAAA